AUGUCGGACUCGCAGCCAGGCACAGCGGGAAGCCCGCACCUCUUCCACCACUCGGACGAGGGCGAGCGCCAGAAGCCCACCACGUCGGCCAGCCAUGCCGGCGAUACCGAGACCAACCCGACCGUCUCGGCGACCGGGAUGCCCCGCAUCAUCCCGCGCCACGCCGACGAACGAGGCGCCAAGGAGCAGGACGAAAAGGACGCAGAGGAGGGCUCGGCCCCUUCCGAGCUUGGCUUCGAGUCCGGCUCGCGCCACGGUGACGCCAAUGGGUCCGACGCGGAAGGCGACGACGACGACGAGACCACGGCCCUGUCCCGCACCAACGAUCCGCACUACGCGCCCUCUGGCUCCCUGACCAUCGCCGCGCUCUCGCCGUCCUCGGCCAUCCCGUUCAAGAGGCGGUUAGCGCUCCUCACCUCUUCGCUCUUCAUCAACCUCGGCCUUCCCUUUAUCAACGGCGUCAUGCUCGGCUUUGGCGAAAUCUUUGCCCGCGUCGUCCUGGCACCCGCCCUCGGCAUCACCGGCGUAGGGUGGAACGGCACCACCGACCGCGCCCGCGUCGUCUCGAACCCGUUCUCGAGGAGGCAGACGAGCAGCCUCGACGCCGUCACCGCCGGUGGCGAUCGCACCCGGUCCGGCCAGGCCAGAUGGACGAGCGGCGGCGCGUGGAGCCAGGGCGCGUCUGGUACCAUCGACGACAUCGACGAGGAGAUCAAGGAGCGCACCGAGGAGAGGGGCGAGGAGCUCUAUCUGUAG